CUUGUAGAGUGCUUAUCGUUUUCUUUUCUGCAGGUCGGCGCUUGUUCCUGACGUCUUAACUUGAUUUUCACUGUACAUAAGAACGCGCAUCGCAUCUUUUCCUCCAGUAACCUGUGCGACGCUUCAGCACCAUCAUCAGUGAUGCAAGAUGAACACUUGCCGCCUCUGUACAAAAACUUUUACAACCUUGAAGUCCUACUUUGAACAUUUCGCCUUCCACAGUAGCUUGGUGGACGGUGCCUUAUGCCACGUCAAGGAGUGCCAUGCUGUUUUGAAAACCUACGGGAGCUUCAGGCAACAUAUCUCAAGGCAUCACAGGAACCAAAUCAGCGAGCGCCAGCGACACUCCAAUACUUAUCAGUGUACUGUGUCGCAAUGUGGGAGACUACAGACCACUCGCACAGACUUUAUUUCGCACAUUGCUGACCACUUUAACAGUGGUUUGAAUUGCCUUUCUUGUCCGUUUGAAGGUUGUACAAGUGUACUGCGUUCUGGUGCAUCAUUUCGGACGCAUGUGUGUAGAAGCCACAAUGCAAAGAGUGCUUUAGAGCACACGCAGGCACCAAACCUAAGCCCUGAACUGGAAGACCAAAUGGUUUUAGGUAAUCAAGUAAUGGAUCUUUCAGAUGAAAGUUCAAAGGAUGGUUCUUGUGGGGAAACCAGUGCACAUAGUUCUGAACAUGACCUUUACACAGAGAAUUUUGCUUUGUUACUUCUCUAACUUGAGUGCAAGCACCAUGUGCCAGCUAGAACUGUGCAAUAUAUAGCAGAAGGCAUAAAAAAUCUUCAUAGGUUGAGCCAGGAUGUAUCACUGAAAGAGGUAGCCGCAAUAGUUCCACAAGAGACGUUUGCUGCAGUGCAGUCUCAUCUUGCUAAUGACAACCUCAACACAGCAUCGCAAACACUGGCUUCAUGUUAUCAACGGUACAAGUACUACAAAAAUAAGUUUUGUUAUGUGAGCCCAUCUGAGAUUCAUUUAGGCCUCAACAGGCAAAACAGUGCUUCCAUUUGCCACUAUGUGCCAGUAGCAGACCUUAUACAAUUCUUGUGGCACUUUUCACCUGCAAGCAAGCAGUUACCUACCUCUCGGACUAUGUCUGAUGACUGUUUCAGUGACUUUACUUUGUGCCAACCUUUCAGAGAACAAGAGAAUGUGAUACAAAUCAUACUGUACCAAGAUGAAUUUGAAAUUGUAAAUCCGUUGGGAUCAGCAAAAGGAAAUUUCAAGUUACUUGGUGUGUACAUGACACUAGGCAAUUUGCCUCUGCAUUGUAGAUCAAAUGUGGAAAGCUUGCAGCUGGUGAUGCUUUGUCGCAACAAGGAUAUAAGAGAGUUUGGGCUAAACGUAGUUUUGCAGCCUUUGGUAAAGGAUUUGGUCAGUCUUGAAAGAUCAGGAUUGUCAAUUAAUGAGGUUCACUAUGCUGUGCGCCUCAGUUUCAUUGCAGGUGACAAUCUUGGAAGCCACAUGGUGGGAGGCUUUACACAGAACUUUAGCACAUCCAUGUACUUUUGCAGAUUUUGCCUUGUGACCCGCGCAGAGUUUGAGCAGGUGCCUAAUGCAGUUGGUGAACGUCGUACCCCCCAAAAUUAUAAUGAAAGUUUAGGCCGCCUUGCCAAUGGAAAUGGUGUGCAGAGCGACUGUGGUUUGACUGGAAAUUCUCCUUUCCAUGCUCUAAAACACUUUCAUGUUUGCAACCCAGGUUUGUCGCCAUGCAUUGGCCAUGACCUUUUUGAAGGUGUGGUGCAAUAUGAUUUGGCACUAUGCAUUCGUUACUUUGUGAACAAAGGCUGGUUCACAUAUGGCUACUUGAACAACAGAAUCUCUACCAUGAAGCUUAAUGCUCAUGACUUGCGUAACAAGCCUGCUAAAGUAUCCCACAACAGUAACAAACUUGGAGGCCACGCACUCCAGAACUGGACUUUGCUGAGAUUAUUUCCUGUGUACUUGGGCAGCAAAGUAGUAGACAUGAAUGAUGCUGUUUGGGAGCUUGUCAUCACGUUGAUGCAAGUAGUAGACCUUCUAAUGGCUCCAAAGAUAACAGCUGCCCAGGUUGCAUAUAUGAACGUGCUGAUUGAAGACUAUGUUGUUUCUCGCUGUGAACUGUUUCCCAGAGACAAACUCAGGCCAAAGCACCAUAACAUGUUGCAUUACAGUGAACUCUUGCAGCACUUCGGCCCACUUUGUCAUGUGUGGACGAUGAGGUUCGAAAGUAAGCAUCAGUACUUUAAAGAAUGUAUUCGAUCUGUCAGGAACUACAAGAACGUCACCAAGACGCUGAGUGAACGGCAUCAGCUUUUUCAAUCAUUCUUGGCGGCACGUGGCUUAUUUUGUAUUGCCAGUCAGUUCACAGGCAUGAGCAUGUCCGAGCAGUUGAAAGUACUCGGCAGUUUGAAGAGAAAAGACUUCUCUGAUGACUGUGUGCUGCUAAAGAAAGCUACAGUAGAGGGCUACACUUAUGCAUGUAAUGAUUAUGUGCUUGUCUCAGGCACACGAUUCAGUGUAGUGUUUGGUUCAGUGAUUGCCAUUGUUAAAGACCAGAGUGAAGCGGUAGCUUUGUUGCUUCGACACACACCUGCAGCACUUUUACCUGGCCUUGAACUGUAUGGUCUGCAAAACUCAACAGAGGAAACAGUUCUUUUGCAUGCACGUGAACUUCUUGACAGAACAGCAUACCAGCCAUACUCGUUUAAUGGCAAUUCUGUUGUGAGAUUGAAUUUUUCCUUCUGUGAAAAACUCUGAGCAUCAUUACCUGUUAAAGGGGCAUUAAACAGAAAAUUAAGUUCAGCUCUAUCAGUAAGUUACGUUUCUACAAUGCCAAAAAAAGCCAAUUGCUGCGAGAGGCAAGCCAGAAUAGACGCAAAAACAAUGGGUGGUGUUUCCACGCCAUCUUGCUGUGACGUCAUGGGUUUAGAUUACGUUUACUCAGGACUAGUUUAUUUUUCAUUGGUGAAAAUGAACUACAAUGUAUUCUAAGCUAGCCAAAGAUUGAACAUAACAAGUUUUGCUAUUCUACAGUGGCUCUAAUGUGGGAAGAUACUUGCCAACUGUAAAGUGGACGAAGUUCAGACGAGGAGUUGGGUGGAGAGAAGGGAAAGGGGGCGGCUGGUGACAGCCAACCCUGUCAGGGCCAGGAGCCACCAGUAUGUACAUGCAGCAAAGUUGAUCAAAUUUUUGCAGUUCUACCGUGUUGUAAUUUACAACAAAGAUGCAGUAUAGUUGCCUGGCGAACACAGCUGUCAAUGCAGAUGGAGGUACUGCGAAUGGUUAGGGCCUGCAACAGAAUUAGCACCACAACAAAGACAAAACCUUUAUGCUUAUUGGAAUGCAACAGAAGACCAAGCAGAAGCAUGUGGAAAUGAGCUGGUGGGCAUUAUAAAAAGGAACUCUGGUCUAUCUUAAUAUUGUUGUUCAGUAGAAAAAGCAAGCAUUUUGGGACAGUUUGCAGCUUUAAACCCGUGACAUCAAACUGGCAUAUCGACAUAGGGGUUUUGGAUUGAAAAUCAAAAAGUGGUAGUUUGGGUUUCAUUUUUUCAUAUAUCAAUGAUCCUCCUACUGCAAAAUUAAUGCAAUUGGUUAUGGAAGUAUUAAUCAGCGUAGAGUGCUUUGUUGUUUCUCUUCAAUAUCCCUUAAGAUCCUCUGUACUGUGAUUGUACCCAUUGCAUUGUAUUGUCCUUGCUGUGGCUAAGUUUAUGUUUCUCGUUUUCAAAAACUGGUUUUAGUUUGAAGAAGUAGUGGUCUU